CGCAGUGAGGAGAGCACACCUGAAUCAGCGGAGCAGGUGAUUUUUUUUAUUUUUUUAACAGGGGGCUUGUACUUGGAGACGCGCUUUAAGUGGAGGAAUAUUGUUUUUGGAAGCGAAGGACACAGCUAAAGGUCACAAAAUGGAGUUCAGUAACAUGAAGUCAACGGUUGCCCUCGUUUACGAUCGGUUCAUACAAAAUGCAGAUGUCAGGACUGAAGACUGGCUCCUUAUGUCCUCCCCUGUCCCCCAAAGCAUCAUCAUCCUCGCAUACAUUUACUUUGUGAUGUCUCUGGGCCCACGGCUCAUGGAGAACCGUAAGGCUUUCGACCUGAAGAACGUCCUGAUCGUGUAUAACUUUGGAGUCGUUGGGCUCUCGCUGUACAUGUGUUAUGAGUUUGUAAUGUCAGGAUGGGGUACGGGAUACUCAUUUCGCUGUGAUUUGGUUGACUACUCCGAUUCGCCACAGGCUAUGAGGAUGGCGGCAACAUGCUGGCUCUACUAUUUCUCAAAGUUUAUUGAAAUGUUGGACACGAUCUUCUUUGUGCUGAGGAAGAAAAACAGCCAGGUGACAUUUCUCCAUGUUUAUCAUCACUCCAUCAUGCCCUUCACCUGGUGGUUCGGAGUCCGCUUUGCUCCAGGUGGUCUGGGGACGUUCCACGCGCUCCUCAACAGCGUCGUUCAUGUCAUUAUGUACACAUACUACGGGCUGAGCGCCAUGGGCCCACAAUACCAGAAAUACCUGUGGUGGAAGAAGCACCUCACCACCAUCCAACUGAUCCAGUUUGUGAUGGUCACCACCCACAUCUGCCAGUAUUUCUUCAUGAAGGACUGCCCAUACCAGUUCCCCAUCUUUAUCUACAUCAUUGGCUUGUAUGGCAUGAUUUUCUUGUUCCUCUUCCUCAACUUCUACUACCAUGCCUAUACCAAAGGAAAACGUCUCCCCAAAGUGCUGCAAGCACAGACAUGGGCACACCACACCAACGGGAUCAUGAGCGGGACCGCCAGCGCAGAUGGCAACGGGCAUGCCGACGGGCACUCUAAUGGGAAUGUCUUCCACCACAAAGACGCAUAAGAGCAGAGGGCGUCAAUGCGACUGACUAGCCCUGAACCAAAGACAUUGUUUACAUGUUUAAGCAUCACCUGCCUACAACAAGGGACUGAUUUUAUAUUUAUUUACAACUCCAACUCAUAAGGAUGGGGUGAGAUCACAGGCCACAAGAUUGUGCACAUGUUUAUAAUCACACGUGGAUUGGGCAAAAGGUGAGUGCUACAAUGAUACUAAACUAAAAAUGGUGAAGUUUAUUCAUAAUCUCGCCUUUGGUCUCGGCCCAUCCUAAACCUACCAACUUGUAUAAAGAUUUCAACUAUUAGUAUUCCUAAGUGUCAGCAAUCAACUUUCACACCAUUUAAGCACAUUUUUAAGUUAAAAUGGCCUUUACAUUAUUGUAUAACUUAAAGCCUCGAGUGAUAAUUUUUACCGUUUUGAACAGUUUUUAGUGACUUUGGUUAACUUGUGCACUUAACACUAUAAUAUAACCAGGCCAAAAUUGACAUGAAUAUCUCAUAUGAUUGAUUUGGCCUGGCUCGGGUGUGAAAUGUUAAAUGUAGCUCGUGACACUAGUUCUAUGAGGCUGCAAUGGUUCAUGUGGAGGGCUGUGUUGCCGGUUCUUGUAGGAUCCAAAGUGGAGCUUGUAACUACUUCCUGUACAGAAUAACAGGUUUUUGACACUUAGAAAUGAAUGUUCUUGACUCAAACUCACAGACUACUCCCUCUCUGGCUCAGGGUGCUACUUUUUGUGAAUCUGGUCUGAAUCUUUGGUUUGGACCAAGUCAGUGGGGUAGUUUAUGAUCUCGUUAUAAUGAUCUUGAUGUAAAGUGACAUAACAUUCUGCUCCUUUGGUGACUGAGGACCCUUGCCUUAGUUUAGACAAAAGAUUUAACCUUUUUUUUUUUUCCCAACCAACAUAAACACUGGCCUCAUGUUGGUUAGUUUUUUCAUGUUAAUCUUGUUAUUGCUGUGUAUAUUGUUUUUUUUUUAAAUUUGUAUUUAUGAAAAUAAAAUGUUUGUAUUCUUACUCCUGAUCUCCCUACAUGUUUUUGUCAAUAAGGCACCCUCUUUGCCUGUUUUUGUUUCAAAAUGAGUAAAAAAGGAUUAAUGUGUUUAAAAUAAAUGUGUCACCCAGAUAAGACAAAAAAGAUGUUUCAAAGAAAAUGGACAUGGCUAACCUGCUAGCCAUUGCGAUCCAAGCAAGAGCUGAUCAUGGGUGUGCUUGUGGCUCAACUGACUCUAGCUCCAAUUCACUUUCUUUGUAAAAACUGGCCCCUCUCCCUGUAACUGGUGCUGUCAGACUUGUCAUUUUGGUUUUAAAUUUUUUGUAUUAGCCCAGUGUACAUGAUCCAGGUGUUUAUUUCACUAUUGUCUGUAAAUUAAGAUAUGAACAUUAAUAACAGACAAAUCAGGACAUCACACUCCCUUAGUCCACUUCUUUAUAGUCUAUGGGUGCAAUACAUGUUCAAAAUGUCUGGCCAACACACAGGUUCAUUGGGGGAAGAUUAACAAAGUUUUACUUCUACUUGAGUAAUUAAAGUGCUGUCUGAAAGCU